UAUCCAGUCGACCCAGAAGUGAUUGGCUAAUUUUAAUUCGAUCUCGGAAUCAGGCGUUAGCAGUCGAGGUUUAGUGUGCAGGUACCAAGGGAAGCGGCAUAGGAGAAAGAGAGCAAAAAGGUAUUACAGUGGGGUUGCGCACACGGACGGAACAGUUGGCUGCUCCUGUUAGUUGAACGUCGCGAUCGCAUCCGGACGGACGCGUGUUGAGUGUGGUGAGUGCAGUUCUCUCUGCGGGAGGAGGAAGCAUAUCGGCAAUGGCCAGCGGUAGCAGUAACAGCGGAACGGUUUCGAUAUCGGCGUCGUCGGCCAGUCUGGCGCCACCGGCAGCGCCCGUGAAUACGCCAUGGCCAAACAGCAAGGAUGACUACGAGCUACGGGAGGUGAUAGGUGUCGGAGCCACCGCCGUGGUGCAUGGAGCCUACUGCCUACCGCGCAACGAGAAAUGUGCCAUCAAGCGGAUCAACCUGGAGAAGUGGAACACUUCCAUGGAUGAGCUGCUGAAGGAGAUCCAAGCGAUGAGCAGUUGUAAUCACGAGAAUGUCGUAACCUAUCAUACCAGUUUUGUGGUGAAGGAAGAACUGUGGCUAGUACUGCGGUUGCUGGAAGGUGGCAGCUUGCUGGAUAUCAUCAAACAUCGCAUGAAGACAGUCAACUGUAAACACGGAGUGUUUGACGAAGCCACGAUAGCAACGGUACUGAAGGAAGUACUGAGAGGACUGGAGUAUUUCCACAGCAACGGACAGAUCCAUCGAGAUAUCAAGGCUGGUAACAUUCUGCUUGGGGAUGAAGGAACCGUGCAGAUUGCGGAUUUCGGUGUGAGUGCUUGGCUUGCAACGGGACGGGAUCUAUCGCGACAGAAAGUGCGGCAUACCUUCGUGGGAACGCCGUGCUGGAUGGCACCGGAAGUCAUGGAGCAAGACCAUGGCUAUGAUUUCAAGGCCGAUAUUUGGUCGUUUGGCAUUACGGCGAUCGAGAUGGCCACCGGAACGGCUCCGUACCAUAAAUAUCCACCGAUGAAGGUGUUGAUGCUGACCCUCCAGAACGAUCCACCGACCAUCGACACCGGUGCGGAUGAGAAAGAUCAGUACAAAGCCUAUGGAAAGACUUUCCGGAAGAUGAUCGUCGAGUGUCUUCAAAAGGAACCAUCGAAACGUCCUUCGGCCAGCGAACUGCUAAAGCAUCCGUUCUUCAAGAAAGCGAAAGAUCGGAAAUAUCUCACGCAAACCCUCUUGGCCACUGGCCCAUCCAUGGCCACUCGAGUUCACAAGGCUGCCAAACGACAACCGGGUGCUUCCGGUCGUCUACACCGUACCGUCACCGGCGAAUGGGUCUGGUCUUCCGAGGAGGAAGAUAAUGGCAAGAAUUCCUCCGAUUCUGAAUCCGAGGAGCGGCCCAUGAACCGCCUGGAACAAAUGGACUCCUCCGCUUCGGAAACGGAAGACGCCUCCGAACAGUCGGAGGUAACCGUGACGGCUCCAACCGGUUCGGAAGCCACAAACACCGACAUAACUAAUGCCGUCGGUGGUCUAAAUCUGGACGACCUUCCUCCCAUCAAUCUAGUGCUACGGAUGCGGAACUCCAACCGGGAACUGAACGACAUCCGGUUUGAGUUCGCGGUCGGCAAGGAUUCGGCCGAGGGCAUUGCGUCCGAACUGGUCGGCGCUGGUCUCGUCGACGGGCGCGACAUCGUCGUCAUGGCUGCCAACCUGCAGAAGCUGAUCGAUCAGCGGAGCUCGGUGAAAACUGUCACCUUCCAGCUGAACUCCGGCUUCGGCAGCGGCGAGCAACCGGACGAAAAAUCAUUGAUCGGCUUCGCACAGAUUUCCAUCACGGACUAACUUAAGUGACUUGUUCUAAAUCUAUUUUUUUUUCGCGUAAGUGUGAGCGUGCCUGUUUCUUUGUGUAUGCGUUUCAGUACGAUCGUGAGCUGAACAGAACAUUCUAUAUAUCGGAGAAAAGAAAAAAAUUCCCUGUGUUUCGAUUUCUUACAUAGUUUUAAUAUGAACGAAGAAAACAAUAAAUAGCAAGUUAUUUAGAUUUAAUAAUAUAUAUAUAACCUAUCGAAGAGAAAUUAAGGCAAGCAAAACCCAAUUCGCAUGAAAUAACCCUGCUGCUUUUCGGAAUUCUAGGGCAAACUAGUGCUUUAGCAUUUUCCAACGAAAGUUCGCGCUUUUAUUCACACCAUCUUCACUAUUCUUGGAACAAAUAUAUAUAUAUUCAUGUUAAAUUAAAGCAAACAAGUGAUGCAGAAAGUAGCCUUUAUCGGAUUCUCGCGAGUGUAUCGGUGAUGAGAAAUAAAAAAAAAAGUAGAAAAACGAAUUGAUCGUCAGAAGAACAAAAUAUCGAAAAGCAAAAAAACAAAUCGGGUUCGAAAAGUUUUACGUUUAUCAGAGCGAAGACGAUCGAGCACAUGGGACGAUGAUGGAUAUUAUACGCGGAAAGAGAAAUAAAGAUGAUUUGUAUUUUAAACGACUACUUUUUGACUAGCGCGCAGUUGCGAUUUUAGCGGUAGAUGUCGAGUCACACCCCUCCUGAAGUUAGAAGAAGAAAAAAUAACAAAGUGGUAUCAAACAAACAAAAAAACAAACAAACACAAAAACCAGCAACAGCAACAAAUACCAGAGGUAAUAAAAACAGCAUCUAGUUGAUGAUAUUGAACGAG